AUGGCGCAGUUCCUGUUCGAGGCGGACGUGCACGGGCUGCUGAAGCUGGACACGCUGAUCCCGAACGCGCCGCCUGCGCGAUGGCAACGCAAAGCCAAGGAGAGCGGCCCCGGGCUAAGUCCCGUCGGCGUGUCGCCCAUGAAGCCGGCCAAUCGCUCCCACAGCUCCAGCAAGACGCCGUCCAAGACACCCGGUAAAUCUGGAUCCAGAAUUCAAAGCUACCCCACAAAGGCUGGGGGAGAUCGCUACAUUCCCAGCCGCAGCACUAUGCAGAUGGAGAUGGUAAAUUUCCUCCUAGCCAAAGAGAAUGACCCUGCUGAGGAUUCCCCUACCAAGAAGGAGCAACAGAAAGCCUGGGCAGUGAAUCUGAAUGGUUUUGAUGUAGAAGAGGCAAAGAUCCUCCACCUCAGAGGAAAACCACAGAAUGCUCCAGAAGCUAUGAUACAGGGCUAUCAGAAUAACCUGAACAUACUCUACAGUCAGAAAAUGGCACCUGGAUUCAGCAGGAAGAAGAGCAGAUAUAUUCCCUCAAAGUCAGACUGGGUCUUGGAUGCACCAGAGAUCUGCGACAACUACUAUCUGAAUCUCAUAGACUGGAGCUCCCAGAACUUCCUGGCAGUGGCUCUGGACAACACUGUUUAUCUGUGGAAUCACGCUACUAGGGAGAUUAUCCCCCUGCUGCAGAUGGAGCAUCCAGAUGUUUACAUUUCCUCUGUGUCAUGGAUUAAAGAUGGAGACUACCUUGCUGUUGGCACAAGUAGUGCUGAGGUUCAGCUAUGGGACGUUGAGCAGCAGAAACGUCUCCGAACCAUUACCAGCCAUUGUGUCCGUGUGGGAACCCUCAGCUGGAACAGCUACAUCCUCUCCAGUGGUGCACGGACUGGGCACAUCCAUCACCACGAUGUCCGAGUGGCUGAGCAUCACGUGGCCACCCUUGCUGGCCACACACACGAGGUGUGCGGACUCAAAUGGCCUCUGGAUGGCCGCUACCUGGCCAGUGGUGGCAAUGACAGUCUGGCGAACGUCUGGCCAUGCACCCAAGGUGGGGAUGGCGACUUUUCUCCUGUACAGACCUUCACUCAGCACCAGGGUGCUGUCAAGGCUGUGGCGUGGUGCCCAUGGCAGAUGAAUGUUCUAGCCACUGGAGGUGGCACUAGUGACAGACAUAUCCGCAUCUGGAACGUGUGUUCUGGCGCCUGCCUCAGUGCUGUUGAUACCCGUUCCCAGGUCUCUUCUAUCCUAUGGUCAACAAACUACAAGGAGCUCAUUUCAGGCCAUGGCUUUGCACAGAACCAGCUGGUUAUAUGGAAGUAUCCAACAAUGACCAAGGUUGCAGAGCUGCAAGGUCAUACUGAUAGAAUCUUGAACCUGACCAUGAGCCCUGAUGGUACAGCAGUGGCCUCAGCAGCUGCUGAUGAAACACUGCGGAUCUGGCGCUGUUUUGAGAUGGACCCCAUAAAGAAGAAGAAGAAGGAGAAGGCAGUGGUGCAGAAUGCUGCGCUGGCGCCGCAGGACCCCAGGUGUGGGGCUGUCGCUGACGUGCUGUUGGAUGUGGGGCUUUAUGCCGAUGUUCGGGGGCAGAUGGCAGAGGACUGUGCAGACAUCGUCCCCCUGGGCUGGAAGUUAGCUGCUGUGGCUGCUACUGUGCAGCUGGUCUGGGCAUCACUGCAGGGCAGGCGGCCACAGCAGGGGACUGCGCAGGCUGGCAAGAAGCAGGGGAAGAAAGCACAGAAGGUCGGAUUUCCCAUGUUCUUGUGUGGUCAGUGCGGACAGCUGACCGGUCACGUGGAGCGGGCGGCUUUGGAUCCACUGGGCCGCCUCAAGUGGACCACUGUCCUGGCCAAGGACCCUCCCGAGAUGCUGCGGGCAAACCCCAGAUACCUUAGGGCCUUGGAGCUUUGGCAGACCGAUGUCACCCAGAUUGCCAAGUUUGGCUGGCUCAGAUACUGGAGUACGCUGGGUACCUCAAAGUGUGUUCGCCCUGACCUGGACCGCAGAGACAGAAUCCAGCUGACGGGCAAGAUGGAAACUGUGACCAACCUGAAAGGCAUCAAGCGGGUGAAUCAUUGA